ACGCCACUGAUAAUCUUCCUUAAACCCCUUUCUCCACCUAUUCACUAUUGAGCCUCGGUCUCUUUAAGAAGCAAAUCAAAACUAAGGAAAGAGGAAUGCUGGGAAGUUCUCCUCUGCUCAGGUCCUGAGCUUGACGGGAAAAGAGGGCGGAGAUCAGGGCUGCGCAUGCGCGGUUGGCCGGCUGUUGCGUUGUGAUGGAUCCGGCAGAAUUCCAGAAGAGAAAAUGAUCUUUGUCUAGGCGCAGAGGGCUUGGUUCCUAUUACCAAAUUCCCUGUCCGGUGCUCCUCCGGUAGCAGGGAGGCGACAGAAGGUGUCCAGCUAUCCAUUGCCAAGAAGAAAUCUAUUCGUUUGAGCCUGAGGAACUACUUCACGUAAAAAAUUAGAAUGAAAGAACCUUUGGAUGGUGAAUGUGGCAAAGCAGUGGUACCACAGCAGGAGCUUCUGGACAAAAUUAAAGAAGAACCAGAUAAUGCUCAAGAGUAUGGAUGUGCCCAACAGCCAAAAACUCAAGAAAGUGAAUUGAAAAUUAGUGCUGUGUUUUCAGUUAGUGACAGACCUCUUGCCCAACAGUUGAACCCAGGCUUUCAGCUUUCUUUUGCAUCAUCUGGCCCAAGUGUAUUGCUUCCUUCAGUUCCAUCUGUUGCUAUUAAGGUUUUUUGUUCUGGUUGUAAAAGAAUGCUUUAUAAGGGGCAAACUGCGUAUCAUAAGACAGGAUCUACUCAGCUCUUCUGCUCCACAAGAUGCAUCACCAGACAUUCUUCACUUGCCUGCCCACCACCUCCUCCCAAGAAAACCUGCACAAAUUGCUCCAAAGACAUUUUAAAUCCUAAGGAUGGGAUCACAACCCGCUUUGAGAAUUCCUCUCUCAGCAAAGAUUUCUGCAGCCAAUCAUGCUUGUCUUCUUAUGAGCUGAAGAAGAAACCUGUUGUUACCAUAUAUACCAAUAGCACUUCAACUAAGUGCAGUAUGUGUCAGAAGAAUGCUGAUAUUCGGUUUGAAGUUAAAUAUCAAAAUGUAGUACAUGGUCUUUGUAGUGAUGCCUGUUUUUCAAAAUUUCACUCUGCCAACAACCUCACCAUGAACUGUUGUGAGAACUGUGGGAGCUAUUGCUAUAGUAGCUCUGGUCCUUGCCAGUCCCAGAAGGUUUUUAGUUCAACAAGUGUCAUGGCAUACAAGCAGAAUUCAGCCCAAACUCCUCCAUAUGCCCUGGGAAAGUCAUUGAGGCCCUCAGCUGAAAUGAUUGAGACUACGAAUGAUUCAGGAAAAACAGAGCUUUUCUGCUCUAUUAAUUGCUUAUCUGCUUACAGAGUUAAGACUGUUACUUCUUCAGGUGUCCAGGUUUCGUGUCAUAGUUGUAAAACCUCAGCAAUCCCUCAGUAUCACCUAGCCAUGUCAAAUGGAGCUAUAUACAGCUUCUGCAGCUCCAGUUGUGUGGUCGCAUUCCAGAAUGUAUUUAACAAGCCAAAAGGAACAAACUCUUCAGCAGUGCCCCUGUCUCAGGGCCAAAUGGUUGUAAGCCCACCCUCCUCCAGGUCAGCAGUGUCAACAGGAGGACGUAACACUUCUGCGGUUUCCCUUAGUGCCAUCAGUUUCUCUGCUACAGCUGGCCUCCAGCCUCUCAGGCCUCUCGCUGAACAAUCCCAGCAAGUUGCUUUAACCCAUAGAGUUGUUAAACUCAAGUGUCAGCAGUGUAACCAUCUGUUUGCCACAAAACCAGAACUUCUUUUCUACAAGGUAAACAGAGAUCAUUCCUCAGUUUGCAAAUUCCUCUCUGCCCGUGACUUUGGGGAACGAUGGGGAAACUACUGUAAGAUGUGCAGCUAUUGUUCACAGACAUCCCCGAAUUUGGUAGAAAAUCGAUUGGAGGGCAAGUUAGAAGAGUUUUGUUGUGAAGAUUGUAUGUCUAAAUUUACAGUUCUGUUUUAUCAGAUGGCCAAGUGUGAUGGUUGCAAACGACAGGGUAAACUAAGCGAGUCCAUAAAGUGGCGAGGCAACAUCAAACAUUUCUGUAACCUAUUUUGUGUUUUGGAGUUUUGUCAUCAGCAAAUUAUGAAUGACACUCUUCCACAAAAUAAAGUAAAUAUUUCUAAGGCGAAAACUGCUGUGAUGGAGCUCCCUUCCACGAGGACAAAUACGACACCAGUUAUAACCAGUGUGGUGUCAUUGGCACAAAUACCUGCUGCCUCAUCUACAGGAAACAGUGUUUUAAAAGGUGCAGUUACCAAAGAGGCAGCAAAGAUCAUUAAAGAUGAAAGUACACAGGCAGAUGCUAUGAAACUUCUAUCUUCCCAAUCUUCCCAGCCUUCCAGGCUUUUAAAGAACAAAGGCGUAUUAUGCAAGCCCGUCACACAGACCAAGGCCACUUCUUGCAAACCACAUACACAGCACAAGGAAUGUCAGACAGAUUUACCUAUGCCUAAUGAAAAAAAUGAUGCAGAACUUGAUUCUCCACCUUCAAAGAAAAAAAGAUUAGGUUUUUUCCAGACAUAUGAUACAGAAUAUUUAAAAGUUGGUUUUAUUAUCUGUCCUGGAUCAAAAGAAAGUUCACCAAGGCCACAGUGUGUCAUUUGUGGAGAGAUCUUACCCAGUGAAAACAUGAAGCCAGCAAAUCUUUCUCAUCAUUUGAAGACAAAACAUUCAGAAUUAGAAAACAAACCAGUAGAUUUUUUUGAACAAAAAUCUCUAGAAAUGGAGUGUCGAAAUAGUUCUUUAAAAAAGUAUUUACUAGUUGAAAAGUCACUUGUGAAAGCUUCUUACUUAAUUGCUUUCCAAACUGCUGCAAGCAAGAAGCCAUUCUCCAUUGCUGAAGAAUUAAUUAAACCGUAUUUAGUAGAAAUGUGUUCAGAAGUUUUGGGUUCAAGUGCUGGAGACAAAAUGAAAACAAUUCCACUUUCUAAUAUUACAAUUCAACACAGGAUUGAUGAACUAUCCGCAGAUAUUGAAGACCAGCUGAUUCAGAAGGUCAGAGAGUCAAAGUGGUUUGCCCUUCAGAUAGAUGAGUCAUCAGAUAUCUCAAAUAUCACACUUCUUUUGUGCUAUAUUCGUUUCAUUGAUUAUGAUUGUCAUGAUGUAAAAGAAGAAUUAUUAUUUUGCAUUGAAAUGCCUAUUCAAAUAACUGGUUGUGAAAUAUUUGAACUAAUAAAUAAAUAUAUUGAUAGUAAAUCUCUGAAUUGGAAACAUUGUGUUGGUAUCUGCACCGAUGGGGCUGCAAGCAUGACUGGCAGGUAUUCUGGUUUAAAAGCAAAAAUUCAAGAAGUUGCCAUGAAUACAGCGGCAUUUACACAUUGUUUUAUUCACCGUGAACAUUUAGCCGCAGAAAAGUUGUCUCCAUGUUUACAUAAAAUUCUUUUGCAGUCAGCACAAAUUUUAAGUUUUGUAAAGAGCAAUGCAUUAAAUUCACGUAUGUUAACAAUUUUAUGUGAAGAGAUGGGGUCUGAGCACGUGAGUUUACCGCUUCAUGCUGAAGUACGCUGGAUAUCAAGAGGGAGAAUGUUAAAAAGAUUAUUUGAAUUACGACAUGAGAUUGAAAUAUUCUUAAGUCAAAAGCAUUCAGAUUUGGCCAAGUAUUUUCAUGAUGAGGAAUGGGUUGCAAAGCUGGCCUACUUAUCAGAUAUAUUUUCACUUAUAAAUGAAUUAAAUUUAAGUCUCCAAGGAACUUUGACUACUUUCUUCAAUUUGUGUAAUAAAAUUGACGUAUUUAAGAGAAAGUUAAAAAUGUGGUUGAAGUGCACACAAGAGAAUGAUUAUGACAUGUUCCCUUCAUUUUCUGAAUUCUCAAAUUCAUCAGACUUAAAUAUGACAGAGAUCACAAGGAUUAUUUUUGAGCACCUGGAAGGACUUUCUCAAGUCUUCAGUGACUGUUUUCCACCAGAACAAGACUUACGUUCAGGAAAUUUGUGGAUAAUUAACCCUUUUAUGAAUCACCAAAAUAAUAAUCUCACCGACUUCGAAGAAGAAAAGCUAACACAGCUAUCUUCAGAUUUAGGAUUGCAAUCAGUAUUUAAAUCAGUGUCUGUAACUCAAUUUUGGAUAAAUGCAAAGGCAAGAUACCCAGAACUCCAUGAAAAGGCAAUGAGAUUUUUAUUACCCUUUUCAACUGUUUAUUUAUGUGAUGCUGCCUUUUCAGCUUUGACUGAGUCAAAACAAAGAAAUCUGUCAGUUUCUGGCCCUGCCCUAAGACUUGCAGUCACAUCUUUAAUUCCAAGGAUAGAAAAAUUAGUGAAAGAGAAAGAGUAGCAACAUGCACAUUGCUUAUCAGUGUCAAUAAUUUUGUGUUAAGUUUUGUAUAAGUAUCCUAAAAGAUAAUUUCCUAAUGUGGAUUUGUGUUUUUGGUGAUUAAAUGUUUUAAUAAUUUUUC